CGGGACAGUCAUGUUAGGUCUUUACCUGAGCAAACAGAAGUAAGCUUGGAAUUUUUGUCAACAUUCCUUGCCAUUUCAUCUAAAAACUGAUUUACAAGAUCGCCUUGUUGAGCUUGGGGUUGUGGUUUGAAGCCUGCAGCUCCCCCUUCGGCCCUGUGACCGACCACAAACGUACCAUCCCUAAUUGACGGUGUCGCAUGGUACGUAAAACUACGGUCGCCACACGAAUCAUGUAACUUUACCCCCGUUUCGCGUAUUUUUCUCGCAUCGCAGACAACUCAAGCCUACUGUGCUACACGCGGAGAGCACCUAACCACUUCCUGAUACGAGACUUGGGCGAUUUCCUGAACUAGGACGAGUAAAAAAAGACGAUGUCCAGGGGUGUGCUGCUGACAUUGAUGACGUCAGCAUUCCUGGCUGUCGUGGCAGCUGACGUCACAAACCCCAGACUCGACCCGGACGCGGACCACGUCUGCCACCGGAAAGUCAGGAGUUUCUCUCGGCAGCUGAUUGGUAAACAAGAACCUUACGUCACCAUAUCAGAUGGGAAUUGUGGGAUACCCGCUUUCUGUCCACCAAUAAUAAGCACGACAUACAUACGGGUCUACAGAAUGGUGACCGUUCCAGAAUUAAAAACGGAGCUGUUUUGCUGUGAAGGCUACAAGCAAGUCGACGAUCAUUGUGAACCCAUUUGUUACCCGGCACGGUGUAAUGAACCCGACACAUGCAAGGCGCCCCAGACAUGUUGUAGUGACACUGACCCACCAAGCGACCAGUGCGCUGCCAUCAACAUCAAUACGACGUGCUAUCAUGACGGAACAUGGAGUGUUGGAUAUAGAAGCUGCCAUUGUACACCAGGAUACCAGGGCAGUAGAUGUGAGAAGGAGUGUAUUCUUGGUACGUACGGAGGGGGCUGUCAUAUGACAUGUCCAUGUCAGGAGAAUAGCGACUGUUUGCAUACAAACGGAAUGUGCAGUUGCGAUCGAGGACACAUGGGCCAAUCAUGCUCGGAAAAAGUUUGCAAAGACGGCUAUUUCACCAACAAUGAGAAUUCUCCCAACUGCUUUAAAUGCAAUUGUAACGAGUCAAAUACGAUCAGCUGUGCACCGUGGGAAGGUGCCUGCCACUGCAAGCCCGGAUGGACAGGGGAUACAUGUGACAAGAUGUGUCCCCUGGGAUUCUUUGGAGCCGACUGUCUACAGGUCUGUAAAUGUAACGCCUCGCAGGAAUGUAGCCACGUCACGGGGGCCUGCACCUGUAUUCCGGGCCAUCUUAACGACAGGAGCUGUACCGUGUGUCCUGAAGGCAAGUACGGUGAGAACUGCGAGGGGACCUGCGACUGUCAAAAUGGCGGCACCUGCUCCAAGUACGACGGGACGUGUAUGUGUACCCGAGGGUACACUGGUGACCGGUGUGAGCUGGAUUGCCCGGCGGGAACGUUCGGGCAGAACUGUCUGCAGUCCUGCAACUGCACCGACGCCACGACCUGCCAACCCAUCGACGGGACCUGCUUCUGUCCCCCGGGUACCACCGGGGACAACUGCGAGUCAACCUGCCAGAACAUGACGUACGGGUUUGACUGUCAGCACCGGUGUAACUGUAGUGAGCACGCCGCAGGGUGUGACGGGAGAACCGGGCAGUGCCUGUGCGAGGAAGGCUGGUUCGGCGUGCGGUGCGACAACCGUUGUGAGAAUGGUACCUCCUACGGACCGACCUGUAACCAGACGUGUUCCUGUCAGCACGGGUCAUGCCACCCAGACACGGGGGUGUGUCAGUGUGAGGUCGGCUUUUCUGGCCCUGACUGUACCGUUUGCCAGCACAGAAAGUUCGGUCCAGACUGCGCCAACUCCUGUGAGUAUUGUACUGACGACCACGCGUGUGACAACAGGGAUGGGCAAUGCGUCUGUCCGCCAGGCUUCACUGGACCCACCUGUGGACAACGUUGCCCGUCCGGUUACUAUGGAGACCAAUGCCGUAAGCAGUGCGCAUGUGAAAACAAUUCCCCAUGUCAUCACGAGACCGGGGAAUGUCUUUGCCACGAACCGUACAAAGGUUCCAACUGUUCGGAAGAAUGCCCCGCGGGGACGUACGGACCAGCCUGUGAGUUCAAGUGCGCCUGCGUAAACGGAGGGAAGUGUGCGUACCAUGGCAGGUGCGACUGCGCACUCGGCUGGACAGGAACCCACUGUACCGAGAAAUGUCCCCCUGGCUACUUUGGCCGGAACUGCAUGUUGCCAUGUACCUGCGCACACAACUCUACCUGCAACCCAGAACAUGGCGUCUGCGAUUGCGCAGAGGGUUGGCAAGGAGACAGUUGUGAGCAAGACAUUGACGAAUGCCAUCCGAAUAAUACAAACAACUGCCACGAGAACGCGGAUUGCACCAACACAGAGGGCUCCUACACCUGUUCUUGUAAAUCUGGAUACAUCGGAGACGGUUUCUUCUGUGCCCAAAAGGGCAGUGAUGGAGCAUUUUACAAGAACCUCGACGGUAUGAGACUGCGUGUGGGCCAGACAGCCCACUUUAGGUGCCAGUACAGGAACCUGGGACAGAGCCUACUCUUCUGGAGGAAGGGCACCGACAACAGCAACAACCUCUUCGUCGACAGUCUUUCCCUGAAGGAGUCGGCCACCCGGCGGAUGUGGGCGGAAAUGCACGAUGGAGACUACCACCUCUACAUCUACAACGUGACAAAGGGAGACGAGGGCAACUACAGUUGUGUCAUUGAGGGAAACCCAGAGAAGCUAUUGACCGCAGAACUCACAGUAGCAAGUUGUCCCAGCAACCGUUAUGGUCCGAAGUGCGACCAGACCUGCGACUGUAGCGGACGUGGUGACUGUGACAGCGAUACAGGCGUGUGUACCUGUCCGGAGGGGUGGACCGGACAACGCUGUGAAACAGAUAUUGAUGAGUGUAUGCCGAAUGCGCCAGUUUGUAGCCAUAACGCGUAUUGUAACAACCUUCCUGGCAAGUACCAAUGCUCUUGCAUGGACGGAUUUUCCGGUGAUGGUAAAACAUGUAAAGUGUGUCCAUAUGGAUUUUUCGGGACGGCCUGCUCAGGCACCUGCACAAGCUGUGCUAAUGACCAGUAUUGUGACAGCCGUGUGGGCUGCACUUCGUGUGAGCACCACAACGACCCGCACUGUGUUCCACUUAUAAACAAGCCAACAUCCAGCAACAACGGGAAAAUCAUCAUCGCGGUCGUGGUGUGUUUGUUGGUGCUGGUUCUGUUGGUUGUCGGCGGUGUGUGCGCGUGGAGACGGCGGGACAAGAUCAGGAAAUGGCGACGACUUCCGUCUGUCAUAUUUGAUCCAAGGAGGCCGGACUACGAUGUCUCUACUGAGUCGUCCUUCAUGGGGGCUCCGUUCUACAAGUCGGCCUCCCUCUUCAAGAAGGCCCGCACGACUAAGGGGAACGGUGCGGCCGGGGCGGCUGCCGACAAGGAGAUGGUGGUGCUGGGGCAGGGCGCGUCGGACGGCACGGACCCCAAGACUCAGCUCAUCGUCUUGGACAAGGAGGAUGCUGACAUCGAAGACGAGCUGGAGCCCAUGCACCUGCCGGAGGACCAAGGGCGCGCUAGAGCGUCGUCCAAACCUACGUCAUUAUGACGUGUUAUGUCGUCAUCAAAACCUACGUCCCUAUGACGUAUUAGACCUUGGUUCAAGCUACAACGGUAUGAGACCAACUGCUGCCUUUACAAAUUGCACUAACCUGCCUUCAGUCAUCAAAGCGGUUUUAUUUUUUGGAGAAUAUUACUCUAAUCACUCUAGAUAGGUGUCACACUAUGAAAUAUCAGAUUGAGAUCUAUAGCGUGCCUUUAAACAGGAAUGGGUGUAUGUACAAAGUUACUAAGAAGUCACUUGACUACUCAGUGUAGCUCUACAGGUAGUUGUGGUAUUUGCUACGCUUCAGUGUUGUAUAUUUAGAAUGCAGAUGGCUUGCCAGUGUUUUGGGGUGAAUGCGCAACUUUUGUUUAACUCAAAUUCAUGGCUGAUGAUGCAUUUACACAGUUCUAUAACUUUAACAAUUGUGUAAUCUUGUGCCUCAAGCAUAUCUUUGAGGAAUACGCUUACACAAGUAACCAUAAUAUAUUAUAAUGUACAAAAAAUAUCAAAUUAUGAUAUACAAUAAUUAGCUUUCAUGGUGUACCGGCCAGCGUAGGACAGAAUUGUCAGCAUACACCUACCACUGUUGUCAAUGAUUUUUAGAAUACAAUGUAUUUUCUACACCUAAAUUGCAUUCAAUGACAAUGUCAUAUCUAAUAUUACCUAUUUAAUCACAAAAUGUAUAACUAGACUUUCUGACAAAUUUGAAUUCUGUGAAAGCUACGAAUUGACAUUUGUCCAUAUAGCUAUAGCUUUGUAUAUACUUCUAACAAGGACAAACAUAUCCUGGUUUAUAAAUAUGAAGUAUUGUAAAUACCAGAGGCAAGUUCAGCUAAAAUGAUAUCACUUUUCUUGCGUAUAGAAUGUAACAUAGGUGGAAAAACAAACAAAAAAUUCCAACGCAUAAAGAUGUACAUAUAUAUGUUAUGCUGUGUCAUUGUAGCAAAUACCAACCCGGUUACCAGCCCGUCCUAGAUCCUGGGACUGCAGGCUGGAUUCUCUCGGCGCUGUAAGCCUCUCUUUCCGCCUGGCUAACUAAGUCCCUCCGGUGAUUUUGCAAAACUUCCUCCGGGGCAUGUUGGUCCUGUUGCCGAAGAUCCGGCCUGUGAGGGCCUUAGCAACAGUCUGGCUUCUAGGUUAAGAAAAUUGAGCGAUUUAGAUAUCCAGACAUUGGCUGGCUUUACACAUUCGGAGUUGGCUAAAACAAACGCCUGUGUAAACGCAGCCAUCCAUUUGGAACAUUGGGCAAUCGGAAUUUAGUUAUCCACGUAACGCGCUGCGGGCUAAUAUGCGACGGUGUUCUAAAUACAAAUCAACGACCAUUUAGAAUGUCAUUGUAAAUUCCUGAUGCUGUUGUAAAGUGUUUUGAUGCCGCUAAAGGGAACUUAAAAAUGUGCUUAGAAGUUGUUUUUUUUUGCUAUGGUUUUUAUUUGAAGCAAUCAUGUAAAACCUCAAGGGAUCUAAAAGUUAUGGUUUAAUGUAAUGUUUCUUUUUUGUGAUGCUUGAAAGGACCAGGGAUUACAAAUUGUAAUGUAUGCUCAAUACUGACAUUAUUUUGAGCUAGUUAGAUAUUGUAGAAUAUUCGUGCAAGCUUAUUUUGGGCAAUUUGUAUUAAAAUGUUUCCAACGAGGCAUGUUAUGCAAGGACACUGUAUUUUCACUGUUUUAGAAUUUGGAUCUAUCUUUAUUUAUCACGUUUGAUCUUAGUAACAUCUUCGUUUUCAUCAUGACGUUAUCUAUGAUGUAAUGUUCUCCAGUCGUUCACUGGAACAGAUCUCGCCCGUUUUAUGUUGGCAGUGGCAAAAAAUAACGGACAAAAUUUAUGUUAAUUAUCUACAAGCGAUUAAAUGUUAGAUACAUAUUUUACUCUAAAUUGUUUUCUUCACUUCUAAUAUAAUGCUUGCUAUGAUAUUGCAUUUUAACUUAACAUCUUUUGUUACUCUUUGUAUCAUGUGCACUGUGAAUUGACAGACUAUUUUACAAACUGACAAGGAAACAGUAGAAAUGUUUUACCUGAAGUUCACAUACAAUUGUACAAAUUCUGGAAGAAGUUGAACUGUAAUUUCCAACACAAAAAAUUGGACUCACCAAAAUUUACUCGUGUCAAUGAUGUACUCGUGUCAAUAAUGAUUUAUCUUAUUUUGCAGUGUAUGGAUUUUGGAAAUGAGUUUUGUUUUCAAAACUGUCAAAUGUAAACUUGCUUGAGGUGAUAAGGUUGUUGUUUGUUUGUUUGUUUGUUUGUAUGUUUGUGAUUGGACAAAAUAGGGUAAUAGGUUCUAGCCCGACGCACGCUUCUCCAUUUCAUGUCGUCUUCUCUCAUUCGUUCCAAGGAUAUAAGACUUUUGAUAGCUGGAUCAACGGAUCUUACAAUAUAAAAUAGAAAACUAUUUGGCUAUGUACAAUUUUGUCGUUUUAUCAACUAUCAAACCAACAGGAUCAAUGAAAUGACAUUCAUUGUUUCACACCGAUAGAAACAACUGACUAUUCGAUCUUUGCGUUCUCAUCAAUUGCUUUUAACUAUUGCAUUCAAUUAAUUUGUAUGAUUAUUACAUACUACGCUAUGACUUGUUAACCAAUAUCCAAGUAGCUAAGUUUAAUUAACUAAGAUUUCUUCUUGCAUUUUCACCCGUCUUAUUGUGAAUGGUGGAGCACUGAUAAGAUAUUGUGCAAUUCAUGUACAAAAACCGGUAUUAAAUGGAUGUCUGUCAACACAA